ACACACCGGAAUACCUACUGUUUGGUGGAUACCUAUUAAAGACCUGCCCCACCAAGGUUGUUCUGUGUAUUACUUCUUGUAAAGUUGGAGGAAACAAUGAUAAACUUUUCGUGCGUUUGUCUGGUUGCCUGCGCCCGGUAACCACCAUCAACAGGUGAGUAGGUAACCCAAGGCAACCCUUUGGAUUCAAUACAAACUUAGGUAAAAUAAUAUUUAGGUAAUGAUUUUUCUACUCGAUACAAUUUUGUUCUAAUUAAUAAAGCAAAUAAAUUAUGAAUUGGGAUGAAGAUAUUGAUCUUUUGGCAGGUAGAAAGUCUUUGCCGAAACAAGGCAGAAGAUCGGAUCCCGAUACCCCCGACGAGCCGAAUUCCAACAGUUUCUUUGGAGACGCCAACCCUUUCGAUACAAUGGAACACCCAGUAGAAGAAAAGCCCCUUAUCAAACCUAGGAAAACGAGUGUUUGGGGCGAGGAAGGUGGCAAAUCGGCCAAGUCCAGCAAAAGCAGUACUAACUUGAUAGAAUUGGAAAGAUUCCAAUCGGAUCAUAAGGAAACCAGUCCCAGGAAUGAUGAGGAUGAUAUUCCAGUUAUUCCAGAUAUUGAUGAUUUGCAAGAUGAUCCUUUGAAUUUGCCUGAUGUAAAACCCAUGGUUUCAGUGGACAAAUCAACUUACAAAGAACUGGACAAUCAACUGGUAACUUCAGAAGGCGGCAAAAUCAAUUUCGGCAACUUGGGCAACAUCGAUUUGUCCAUCCUGACCAACCGACUGUAUCCAGAAAAAGAAGUACAACCCAAACCAGAAAUAUGGACAAUGGACAGUUUGUUUAACGAUUUAUCUAGAAGUAGCAAUUAAAUUUAAUUUAAACUAUAUAGUUUGUUUUUGUUUGACC